CAGCCACGAGUUCCUCAUCCACAACCACGCCGACAUCGCCUUCUUUAUGGUGCUUGUCGUCCUCAUCGCACUCAUGUUCGAGGUUACAGCCAAGACUGCCUUCCUGUUUAUCUUACCUCAGUACAACGUUAGUGUGCCUGCAGCAGACGGGGAGCUGGUCCAUUAUCACUACGGGCUGAAGGACCUGGUCACCAUCCUCUUCUACAUCUUCAUAGCCAUCAUCCUGCACGCAGUGGUGCAGGAGUAUGCCCUCGAUAAAAUCAACAGGCGUCUCCAUCUCUCCAAGGUCAAGCACAGCAAGUUCAACGAGUCGGGGCAGCUGGUUGCGUUCCACCUCACCUCCGUGUUGUGGUGCUUGUACGUCGUGGUGACGGAAGGAUACGUGUCAAACCCCCGGAGUCUGUGGGAAAGCUACCCUCAUGUUUAUCUUCCGUUCCAGGUGAAGUUUUUCUACCUGUGCCAGCUGGCGUACUGGCUGCACGCGUUGCCGGAGCUCUACUUCCAGAAGGUCCGCAAGGAGGAGAUCCCUCGCCAGCUGCAGUACAUUGCUCUCUACCUGGUGCACGUAGCCGGCGCGUAUCUGCUCAACCUAACACGCUUGGGGCUGAUCCUCUUGCUGUUGCAGUAUUUAGCCGAAUUCUUCUUCCACAUGGCCCGUCUUGUCUACUUCACAGAUGAGAACAACGAGAAGCUGUUCAAUGUCUGGGCUGUUGUGUUCGUGGUCACCAGGCUCUUCACCCUCACCCUCUACAUUCUGGUCAUUGGCUUUGGGCUGCCUCGGGUGGAGAACCAGGCCCUCGACCCUGAGAGAGGGAACUUCUUCAGCUUCCUCUUCAAUAAUGUCCUCUUCAGGCCUCGGUGAUGUGGCGCUUCAUCCACUUCCAGCUGCGGCGCUGGAGGGAGUACUGGAACGAGCAGAGCGCCAGGAAG